GUCACGGAUGGAGACGAUGAGCAGAUUAAGUGGAGCAGUGUGUUUAGUUCAAAGAAAAGCCAGAUUGUGCUGAGAAGCUGUCAGGAUCUGGACAGUUUGCGUUUUCCACUUCCCCUCCUUUUUGUUGCUCAACUCCUUGCUGACUGGUGGGUCAUUUCUCUGCCCAAACACUAUCCCACCAGUUUUCUCUCAUUCUGGAGCUUAACAGCGGAUAGAAAUGGGACUGAGGAGCUUUGUAGUUCUGGCUGUGUUGAUCUGCGCUGGAGGACGACUCACUGCUAAGAUGGGACUCGAUUCAUCAGCCCGUGGAGAGACGACAGAGGGACUGGACACUUUAGCUGUGGAGGAGGCUAUGGGUGUGAUGGCAGGACGAGAACUGAACCCGUCGUUCUAUGAGGCCCAGAGAGCCGCCCACGUGGUCCCCAUCUACCUGAACACCCGCUACGGCUCACCAUACAAGGUGUUCCAGCUGGAGAGUGUUCACAAGGCGACUGUGGAGGAUGUUGGAGACACAGGAAGAAGGUAUCAUCUGGAGCUGUCAGUGAAAGAAUUCAUCAGCGACACAACAGAGAAGUUCACUGCAGAGGUUUUCUUUCCUUUGGGAGAAAAGCAACUCCCUCCCAAAGUCCAGGUUCCCUCGCUCGAGAAGCUGACCAAGAUCAACACCAAAGCUGAGGAGGAUACUUUAUACCAGAAAUACAAGACAAAAACUCCUCUGCUGUCCUCGGAUCAUUUACCUGACAACUUUGGUAACAUGGAUCCUGACAUGAAGCCUUUCUGGUACCUCUGUAUUGUGGCCUCCAGCUUCAUCAUGCUGAAGGAAUCCACAGAAAACACGUUUUACAACAUGGCUCAGGUGGCCAGCCUCACACAGAUGCCCACUGAGAACGAUCAGCUGAAGUUUGACAGUACAGUGCUGCUGCAUGACAUGGUGUCUCAGGAAAUCCCUCGGUGGAAGCUGCUGUUCACAUGGUCUCCAGCAGAGGGCGUCAAAGCACUUCAGAUGGAGCAGCAGCCUCGCUGCGAGAAUUGUUAAAACACUGUAAAGUUCUGGCUUUUACCAAAAUGCCUUAAAUAUACCAAAAAUUAAAAGAAUUGUCGAAAUACCCCAAAAACCUGAAUGAAUUUUACAAACAUAAAACAUACUUGUGUUCUCCAGAUCACCAUUAGAACCAGGCGUGCAUGAGAAGGGAAGAACUUACGGUACAGGACUGGUGAUGGUCUCUCUAAAGGCCACUUUAGGUUUCCCCAUCACACAGGGACAGUUGUACUCCCUCUCCAUCCUCUAAAACAAAAAACCAGAGCAAAAAAAUAAAGAAACAUGGAACUAACACAUUAAAGAA